AUGGUUUCCAACUUUGUCAGCACCAUUUCUGAUUGCAGCUCUGUCCAGGCCUUGCUCUACGGAGCCUUGUUGGUCGGAGUGUACAAAUUGACCACCUUCACCUUGAGUUUGACGUCGCUCUUGCUUGACGCCUUCGUGUUGCCUGCCCAGACCUUCCACAAGUAUGGAGCAAAGAAGGGCAAUUGGGCGGUGAUUACCGGUGCUUCCGACGGGUUGGGCAAGGAAUAUGCGUUGCAAUUGGCCUCCAAGGGCUUCAACAUCGUGUUGGUGUCCAGAACCUUGUCCAAAUUGGAGCUCAUUGCCACCGAUAUCGAGUCCAAGUACAAGGUGCAGACCAAAGUGGUUGCUUUCGACGCCUCCACCGAUGAGGCUGCCAACUACAUUGUCCUUGGCGACGCCAUUGCCGGUUUGCCUGUGUCCGUGUUGAUCAACAACGUGGGCCAGUCCCACUCCAUUCCUGUUCCCUUCUUGGAAACCGAGGACAAGGAGUUGAGAGACAUCAUCACCAUCAACAACAUUGCCACCUUGAAGAUCACCCAGACUGUCACCCCUGUUAUUGCUGCUACUGUUGCCAAGAACAAGAAGAUCAGAGGUCUCGUCUUGACCAUGGGUUCGUUUGGUGGUUUGUUCCCCACUGCGUACUUGGCUACAUACUCAGGCUCCAAGGCGUUCUUGCAAGCAUGGUCUAACGCUCUUGCUGGCGAGUUGAAGUCGCAAAGUAUCGAUGUCGAGUUUGUGCUCUCCUAUUUGGUGACCUCUGCCAUGUCCAAGGUCAGACGCACUUCUUUGGCCAUUCCUAACCCUAAGGCAUUCGUCAGAUCCGCGUUGGCUAGCGUGGGCCGUCGUGUGGGUGCCCAGGAGAGAUAUGCCACCUCCACUCCCUACUGGACCCAUGCCUUGAUGCACUUUGCUGUCGAAAACACGGUUGGAAUCUACUCCAAGGUCACCAAUUCCGUCAACCUCAGCAUGCACAAGAGCAUCCGGAUCAGGGCGUUGAAGAAGGCCGCCAGAGCCAAGAAGGAGUGA